CGCUGCGCGUGCACGUCACCGCACAGCGAUCGUCGGUCAAAGCAGCGCGGAUCUACCGGCUGAGCUCGGCGCGUCUUUACUGGAGUGAACGGUGUCGGAGCGGACGCGUGCAUAACAAGAACCGCUUUCGUUGGGAUUAAAAGAGAAGCGACUCCGGAUUCACUCGGACCGGGCUCACGCAGAGAUAUGGAUACGCGCGUUCAUAUCGAUCAUUAUAACGCAGGUGGAAUGUCGUGAAUCCAUCGCGUGAGUCGUGUGUUGGCGGUACGUCUCGUGCCGAUGGGAGCUGCUGCCCCAUCAUGAGUUGCCAUGACGCUGGAGGGCGUCGCCGUUACGAAGACUCGGAGUUCACCUUGCGCAUUUACCCCGGCACGCUGUCCGAGGGGACCAUCUACUGCCCCAUCGCCGCGCUGAAGGUCACCUCCGCAGCCGAGGUCAUCGAGCAGGUCAUCGAUCGGCUGCAGCUGGACCGCGCUCGGCUCUACGUGCUAGCCGAGGUCAAGGAGUUCGGAGGCGAGGAAUGGAUCCUGAACCCCAACGACUGUCCGGUGCAGCGCGUGAUGCUGUGGCCCCGCAUGGCUCUGGAGAACCGGCUGGGUGGAGAAGAUUAUCGCUUCCUCCUGCGGGAGAAGAACGUGGACGGAUCCAUCCACUACGGAAGCCUGCAGAUGUGGCUGCGGGUGACGGAGGAGAGGAGGCGGAUGGUGGAGCGCGGCCUCCUGCCUCAGCCACCCGCCGGACAGUACGUGGCCGACCUCUGCGCACUCCCGGACCUGAACGAGCGCAUGCUGCUCGAGAACCUCCGUGGACGCUUCAGGCAGGAGAAGAUCUACACGUACGUGGGUGAGAUUCUGAUCGUCGUCAAUCCUUUCCAGUUUCUGCCCAUCUAUAACCCCAAAUACGUCAAAAUGUACGAUAACCACCGGCUCGGGAAGCUGGAGCCGCACAUUUACGCGGUGGCCGACGUGGCGUACCACACCAUGCUCCAGAGGAAGAGGAACCAGUGUAUUGUCAUCUCGGGAGAGAGCGGUUCGGGAAAGACUCAAAGCACAAACUUUCUGAUCCAUCACCUGACGGCGCUCAGUCAGAAGGGCUUCGCUAGCGGGGUCGAGCAGAUCAUACUGGGAGCCGGACCUGUUCUGGAGGCGUUUGGAAAUGCCAAAACAGCCCAUAAUAAUAAUUCCAGUCGCUUUGGCAAAUUUAUUCAAGUCAACUAUCAAGAGAGUGGAACUGUGAGGGGAGCCUAUGUGGAAAAGUAUCUUUUGGAAAAGUCCAGACUAGUUUACCAAGAGCACAAUGAGAGAAACUAUCACGUGUUUUAUUACCUGUUGGCUGGAGCCAGUGAAGAAGAGAGGAAAUCUUUUCAUCUGCUCAAACCUGAAGAAUAUCAUUACCUCAACCAGGUAACAUUGAGAGUCCACAGACAUCAGUGGAGAAAUGACUGUGACACUGAGCUGGACUGUUUCUCGGUGGAAGGAGAAGAUUUGAAGCAUGACUUUGAGAGACUCCAGCUGGCCAUGGAGAUGGUCGGCUUCCUUCCGGCCACCAAAAAACAGAUUUUUUCGUUGCUGUCUGCGAUCCUACACCUGGGGAACAUUCGCUACAAAAAGAAGACGUACAGAGACGACUCCAUUGAUAUCUGUAACCCAGAAGUGCUUCCUAUAGUCUCUGAACUGCUGGAGGUGAAGGAGGAGAUGCUUUUUGAAGCUCUGACCACACGGAAGACGGUAACGGUGGGAGAGAGACUGAUCGUGCCGUAUAAACUGUCCGAGGCCGGUACGGUGCGAGACUCGAUGGCGAAGUCCCUGUACGGAGCUCUGUUCGACUGGAUUGUGUUUCGCACCAAUCACGCGCUGCUUUACAACAAAGACCUGGAAGAUUCAUCCAAGAUGCUGUCUAUCGGGGUGCUGGACAUCUUCGGUUUUGAGGAUUAUGAGAACAACAGUUUUGAGCAGUUCUGCAUCAACUUUGCCAACGAAACUCUACAGCAUUAUUUCAACCAGCACAUCUUCAAACUAGAGCAGGAGGAAUAUCGAUCAGAGGGCAUCAGCUGGCACAUGAUCGACUACAUCGACAACACGGCCUGCAUCAAUCUGAUCAGUAAGAAGCCCACAGCGCUGCUCCACCUACUGGAUGAAGAGUGCAAUUUUCCACAGGCGACAAAUCAGACUCUUCUGGAUAAGUUUAAGCGUCAGCACGAGGGCAGCUGCUACAUCGAGUUUCCUGCUGUCAUGGAGCCGGCGUUCAUAAUCCGACACUAUGCUGGGAAGGUCAAAUAUGGCGUCAAGGAUUUCCGGGAGAAGAACACGGAUCACAUGCGGCCGGAUAUCGUAGCGCUUCUGAAAAGCAGUCGUAACGCUUUCAUCUGCAGUCUGAUGGGAAUUCAUCCCGUGGCCACGUUCCGCUGGGCUGUUCUGAGAGCGUUCUUCAGAGGCGCCGUGGCCUUCCGUGAGGCGGGCAAACAACGCAAAGACAAAAAAGCCGGCUCUGAAUCUCCGGUUCAGAUUCGUAAAAGCGUGGACAGCUUUAGUUUCCUGCAUCACCCUGUUCACCAGCGGAGCCUUGAGAUCCUGCAGCGAUGUAAAGAUGACCGACACAGUUCCUGUAUCGGUAGAAAAAUGCCGCGCACGCCGCUCUCAGACCUACAGGGAACCAACACGCUCACGGAGAAAUUGGCCAGGGACGGAUUCUCCGGCUGUAACGUUCGUAGCGUGAGAGAACGCGUCUCUUCCUUCAGCUCGUCCCAUGUAGACGAGGGGAUUUUUGUGAACAGCGUUAAUAACAAACUCUUGGAGAGAGCUCAGGGCAUCUUGAUGCGGAACAAGAACUACAAGACGAAGCUGAGCCUCCCAAAGCACCUGCUGGACGUGAAAUCGCUAAAGUAUUUGAGCUGUCUGACGCUUCACGACCGCAUCACUAAAUCACUGCUUCAUCUACACAAGAAGAAGAAACCGCCGAGCAUCAGCGCGCAGUUCAACGUGUCUUUGAAUAAACUGAUGGAAACGUUGGGUCAGUCUGAGCCAUACUUUGUGAAAUGCAUCCGGUCAAAUGCAGAGAAGCUUCCCCUGCGUUUCAAUGACGCACUCGUUCUGAGACAGCUGAGAUAUACUGGAAUGCUGGAGACGGUUCGGAUACGUCAGUCUGGCUACAGUGUCAAAUACACCUUUCCGGAUUUUGCUCAUCACUUUCAUCUGCUGUUACCGGCUGGAUUCCGUCCUGCUCAAAUGAGCAUCAGAGAAUUUCUGCGAACCGCAGACAUCGAUUUAAACACAUAUCAAGUGGGCCGAACUAUGGUGUUUUUGCGCGAGCUGUCGCGUCAGAAGUUGCAGGAUGAGCUUCAUCAGGAGGUGCUGAGGAGGAUUGUGUGUUUACAGCGACGCUUCAGAGGUCACCGGGAGAGAAAACUUUUCUGCAGUCAGAGACGAGGCGCCCGACUCAUUCAGCGCUGGUGGCGUGAAUGUCUGCUGACGCAUGCCACGGAUCGCACGUGUGACCUGGAGCUCCAGCAGGAGGCGGCAGUGUAUCUGCAGGCGUCGUGGAGAGGAUACAGAGAGAGGCGACUGUAUGCGCUGCAGAAGAACGCGGCACUGGUCAUCCAGAGGCGAUGGAGGAGGUGUCUGCGGACAAGAGAGACCGCUGCCGGCCUCAUACAGACGACCUGGCGGACGUACAGACAGAGACAGAGAUACCUGCAACAGCGCAGGGCGACUGUAACACUCCAGGCGGCCUGCAGGGGGCAUCAGGCUCGACAAAGGUGUUACAUUCUGCAAGUGAAACAGAGACCAACGAAAAGCCUCAAUAUCGCGGGUCGUCAAAACACUGUUACAAAAAGUGUACACGACCUUCAAGACACGGCCGAAUUCCCGAUCGCUCACUUGUACCCUCAGACGUCUGGAUCCUCAGCCGAGGACCCUCCACAGGAGGAACAAGAGCCGUCUGCAGAACCUCCUCGAAUCGUGGACGACAGCACGCUAAAGAGCCGUAACAAACGUGAGAGCAGGAGAAAACGAGAGCUCGAACAAGCCACGUUCAGUUUAGAGCUGCUCAAAGUCCGAUCCGGAUCAUUGCCUAAUUCAGAUCAGGCUGAAAUAUCAGACGGCGUGCUUCCUGUUCAACACUCAGAAUGUGUGGCUGCGUCACCUCAAGCUUCUCUAGAUAGCCAAGAAAGUUUCGAGAUCCUCAACAUUCAUGAUGAAGAGCUUGAGACGUCCGAGCAUCCUCAUCAGAUGUCCGCUUCAGAAAAAUCCGAGCCAAUGGAGGUGCAUCAGAAUGAAGACUUGACAACUCCACCGUCCUUAAAGCCCCGCUUCUACAUCCCAAAUGAAGAGAGCAGUCCGGUCAAAAGUGUGCCGAGGACACCGACCAGUGGCAGGCAGGUCGAGGAGAAGAAGGAGUCUGUGAUUGUCAUUAUCAGCAUGCAGAAAGAGAAUACUGUGGAGCAGAAAACCCCGGAAACUCUACAAAAACUAGAGAAGGAAACUGUGCAGAUACCUGCUGCCGUCCACCAGGAAACAUUCCCAAAAGAUCAAUGGAAUGGAGAUGCUACUCUAGAUCUUCCAAACCUCCAGUCAACCCCUGAGCCUCAAACCAAUCGUGACUCGUCCACUUCUCUGCCCACCUCUCAACCGCUCCAGCUGGACCGGAGGGUGGAGACGUCAGUACAGGACGUGACUUCAGAGUCCAAAAAGGAAUCACAAGCCCAGAAGAAGGUUACACAGCGCAUCAGUAUAAGUAUGAAAGAGAAACCGUCCAAUCUGGCCUUCCCUCCCAAACGCAGCCGACUCACCUUCUCUAAGUCCGAUAAAGACCUGGUGAAUCAAGAACGUUCUCUGGCUAUCCAAAGAGAAGCGGGAUUCAGAUCGCUAAAGAACAGAGAGGUGACCGGAGGCGUUCGUAAAAAGAAAGCUCGCAUGGCCGGGACGCGCUCGGACUUCCUGACCCGUGCCUGUAGCACGGAGGUCGAUUCGAAUGAGGAUGAAGACGAAGAAUACGAGUACAGACCCGUGCUGUCUCGCACCCUGACUCUUCCAGAAUCCCUGGGUUCGCUUGACCCUGUCUUUGACAGCGACUCUGAGAUGAAGGAGCAGAAAAAGCUUCAGAAGACCAUGUCCUCUGGAGAUCUUGGGAAGAUGGAGUCUUUCAGAAAGUCUUUGUCUAACACAGACAGCAGGGUCCGGGGGAAGAUGCGCUUCUGGAGCAAAAGCAAGCACGGAGAUAAGAAGAUGUCCAGCCGUGGACAUUCAGCUGAUUCGGAGCUCACUGACAGAAGAAACAACUCUCCACCGGCAAGUCCUGAGCACGCCGGACUCUCCGAGCGAGGGAAAGACAGCAAAGAGAACCGGGAGCCGCUGAUGAUGGGCAUGAUGUCGAUGAAUAGGAGACGCAGCGUGAAGAUCAGCAGCGUGUCUCUAGAAUCGAACGCCUGGCAGAACGACUCGCUCCACAUCCUCACCAGCACCACAGAUUACCGCUGCAUGAAUGAUUUCCUCAUGAAGAAGAUCAGUGAUCUGGACGCUGAGGACUGUCAGAAGGACUCACCGGUGGACGUUGUGUUCAAAAAAGCCCUGAAAGAGUUUCGUCUCAAUAUCUUCGACUCUUAUUCAACUUCUCUGGCCAUGGAUGACGGCAGGAGUAUCCGUUAUAAAGAUCUCUACGCUCUGUUCGAGCACAUCCUGGAGAAUAGCAUGCGUCUGGAGCAGCGCGACUGGAGCGAGUCUCCUGUUAAAGUCUGGGUCAACACCUUCAAAGUCUUCCUCGACGAGUUCAUGACUGAAUACAAGCCCAUGAACGGAACCAUCAGUAAGGCACCCAAACCCGAGAGAAAAAAGCGAAGGAAAAAGGAAUCGGAUAUCGUAGAAGAGCACAUGGGUCACAUCUUCAAAUCCACUCAGUACAGCAUCCCGACCUACUGUGAGUUCUGCUCCUCUCUCAUCUGGAUGAUGGACAAGGCCUGCGUGUGUAAACUCUGUCGUUACGCGUGUCACAGAAAGUGCUGUCUGAGGAUGACCACCAAAUGCAGUAAGAAGUUUGAUCCCGAGCAAUCUUCACGACAGUUCGGCGUGGAGUUGACCCGUUUAACCAGCGACGAGAGAACCGUCCCGCUGGUGGUGGAGAAACUGAUCAACUACAUCGAGAUGCACGGACUCUACACGGAGGGCAUCUAUAGAAAGUCUGGAUCCACCAAUAAAAUCAAAGAACUCAAACAGGGCUUGGAUACGGAUGUGAAUGGUGUGAAUUUGGACGACUACAACAUUCACGUCAUAGCGAGCGUUCUGAAACAGUGGCUGCGCGACCUCCCCAACCCCCUCAUGACCUUUGAACUCUACGAGGAGUUCCUCAGGGCCAUGGGUCUACAGGAUAAACGCGAGAUCGUCCAGAGCGUUUACGCGAUCAUCGAUCAACUCAGCAGAACUCACCUGAGCACGCUGGAGAGACUCUUAUUUCAUCUAGUCAGGAUCUCAUUCCAGGAGGAGACGAACCGCAUGUCCGCUAACGCUCUGGCCAUCGUGUUCGCACCCUGCAUACUGCGCUGUCCCGACACCACCGACCCCCUACAAAGCGUCCGAGACAUCAGCAAGACCACCGCGUGUGUGGAGCUGAUCAUCUGUGAGCAGAUGAGGAAAUAUAAAGCCCGUCUGAAGGACAUCAACACGCUUGAGUUUGCAGAGAGCAAAGCCAAGAGUCGCCUCACACACAUCCGGCGCUCGAUGAAACCCGUUCUUAUCGCGGUUAGAUUUAUUGGCAUUACGAGAACUGCCACUCCGGUUUAUAAAUCGCUUCAUGUUGACGUACCUUCACGCAUGAUGUCAUGGGGAUGUCGUACGGUUCUUUCUCCCCAGAGUAAGGCACGUUUGCGCAAGAGCGGCCUCCACACGCCCUCACCGCCCUUGAGCCCGCGGAUGGCAGAGAGGGAGGAGCCGGGUGAGGAGGGGGCGGAGUCUGGGAUGACUGAGCAACAGCAAGCAGCCAUGCAGCAAGAAGAGAGAGUUUUGACCCAACAGAUAGAAAACCUGCAGAAAGAGAAAGAAGAGCUGACGUACGAGAUGUUGGCUUUGGAGCCCAGAGCGUCUGAUGAUGAGAUGCUGGAGUCGGAAGCGUCCAUCGGAACAGCCGACAGCUCGGAAAACCUCAUGGAAUCAGAAGAAAAAUGUUCUGGCGCACGCUGCAGGAAGCCAGAGUCCAAAAGCAGGCGAGCUUUACGCCGGCAGCCUGAAUCUCUGGACUCUGUGGACUCCAUGUCCUCCGUGUCAUCCACACCUCACUAUCGGUUCCGCUCUUCGUCCUCCGGACCUCUCUUUUCCUCGGCUUCUCCCGAAGGAGACUUGCACGUUCUUCUCAACCAAGAAGCCUCAGAACAAGCUUCCCUGACCACCCGAUGUGCCUCCAGCUCGGAGAAAACCCGGCCGCGGCCCAGAGGGAACCGGAGCUGCCCGCCGAAGACCCGUGAGCCAGGAGAGGGGGGCGUCCGCAGGAGAGAACAUGAUUUGGGUUCUGCUCAGCCUCUAGUGCUAUAUGGAAGUAACGAAUUCAUGGUGUGAUGUUAGCGUGUGACGCUUUCAAAGCAGAAAGACUUCAAGAGACGUACAAAUGCAGUUUUUAACAGAAGAAAAUGCAAACAAAAAUGGAAAACAAAAUGCUGGAUAUCACAAGCGAUCGCCUUGAUAUCUACGACCUACUGACUGUAAAGUGGACCAGCUGGACCGGUCCACAGAUUCUGAGAAUAGACAGGGAAAGAACGAUUUUCAAGCCGUCAAGUCCAUUUUCAUGUUUACAGAACAGACCUGAGCCAAUGAGAGGAGGUCAUGUGACUUCCAUUGACCGCAUGCCAUGUUGCUACAUUGUUUUCACUCUAUGAUUACGAGAAUCUUUGAUAACGUGCUAAAUAUGUAAAAUAAUAUGAUUAUAUUAUUGAUAAGGGUCAAAAGAAUCGUGUAAAUAGCUGAAAUCCCUGUGCUGCUGAUCGACCCAUGUGAAAGGUUUUAUUAUGUGUCUGUACGGUGUGAGUGACUCUUGUGUUUAUGUCUGUAUGUUUAUUAUAUAAGCGAAUCUCACAAAAGUGUUUUCUAGUUACAUUACAUCUUAAUAAUGGGAUUAAAAAAAUGCAAUUCUUUUACCUUCUUAUUGAGAAUUUUGUCAAUUUACCUUAUUUUAUUUCUGAAUUCUCGUUUUUUUUUCUUUAUUCAUGUUUUUUUUACUAUAGUACAGUAUAUUAAAGCAAUAAGCCCCAAGAACCUGUGGGUUACAGUGCAUUUUAUAACAGCUAAGGGCGUUAUGCUCUUGUAACCCAUUGUUUCCUGGGGCUUAUUGCUUUUAUAAAACGGUUAUUCCAUAUGCGUAGCAAGGUUUCAUAAAAUAAAGUGAUAUAAUGUAAUGCAGUCAGCAGUUAUAAAUCAGGUUAUUUUAUAACGGCUUAGAACUCGGCUCAACCAAUCAGAAUCAAGGACCAGAACUGACCGUUUUAUAAGACAAAAUUCACUGUAUUUUUUAGCAUAUAGUCCAUAAUUUCUUUCUUUUCUUAGUUUAUUUCAAUGACACGGCCAUUUUUGCAUCCAGCGAAAUAUGUCUUCAGAUUUUAGUAUGAAAUGCAGGGCUCGACAUUAACGCUUGUCCGGGACAAGUGAAUGUUUUGUAUGGGCAAGUGAGAGAGAAUUUUACUGGACAAGUAACUUGGGGAAAAAAACUGUGCGACAUACAGUAUAUGUAGAAUAAUAAGAAUAUGUGCAUUAGACAGAGCUGCGUGUUUGUGUGUGACAAUAAGUCCACGCGGACGCGGAAUCCUGUUAUUUAAAUGUCAUCUGGCUGUUCUGCGUGUCUGAGUGAAUUAUGUGCACAGUUUAACAUACAACACGAGUGAUGGUCGAGGAUUUAUCUGUGCUGCACUGUAUGAGGAUAUGAACACACGAACUUCAUCUCCAGAGUUGCUCUGAGAGUUUAUUUUACGAGCGUUUUACUGUUUGAGUGACGCUAACGGCAAACAAGUAUCUUCCCGAAGACCCAUCAAAAUAAAAGUCCCGUUAAAUUGAACACUCAGACAAAAAAUACUGUAGUGUACUAUAGUAUUUGCUAUUGAAAAUUGAAGUGCCCUUGUAGUAAAUUGAUAAACACUGUAUACUAUACUAAAGUUCAAAAACGAUAUAGUAAGAAUUUUACUGCAGUUUACUAUAGUAAAUACUAUAGUAUACUACAGUAAUUUAUGUGGACAAAUAUAUCACUAUUGUAUAGUAAAAAAGGAAAAACACAGAACUUAGAAAUAUUAAAACAAAUUUAGGUAAUCUAAAAAUGAUACGGCCCUAAUUUAUCCAUCUGUAUGUAACAUUAAUGUCUUUUGUCAGUUAUCUGCCUAUUCAUAAUGAUCUACACUUGCACAUUUCUGCCUGUGCUACCAAACUUUAAACCUCUCUAGCACCAGUGCUAUGUGCAAAAAAAGUGAACUUACAGCCUUAACACUAAUAAUAAUUACUGCUUGCCUUUGGUUUAUAGCAGUCACGGAGAGUAGGCCUGUAACCAAAUUCAGGCGGCCAAAGCGGACAGAAGCAAACUUCACCAAUCUAAAUCCGAAACAAUUAUAUUGAUUAUAUUAUAUUAUAAUUCAAAUUAAAUAUAUAUUUUUUUAUCUUUGGACAAGUAAUUUUUGUAGUCAGACAAGUGAAUGACAAAUUUACUUGUCCGAAGGACAACCACAUGACAUUGCUUAAUGUCAAGCCCUGAAAUGUGACACGGUUGACGCUUUUGUGAGAUUUAUCGUGUGGUUUUUGUUUUGGUCAGUUUCAGAUUGAAACUCUUCUGAAGAACCGUGCUGAAGGGACGUGAAAUGUGACAUGUUUACGUUCCACAAUGCUUUGCUGGUGUCAUUUACUGUUUACCCUGUUUUCUCAGUGUUACGUGCAACCGAUUCAGGACUUGAAAGAUGUUUUACGUCAUAAAUAUUUUGGGUGUUUAUUUGUACAUUGCUUUAAGUAUAUUUUGUUUUAUAUAUUGAUUUCAGUUAUAUAAGUAUACAUUUCGGUGUAAUGUUACACUGUGCCAUCUCGAGACAUUUAGUUUUCCUUGCCAAAAUUUACCUUGGUUGACCAAAAAAUAAUUUCCUCUUGAUCUGGUGGUAUUAUAUCACAAACACAUUCAUAGACAGGGCUCUCCCGCUUUAGCAAAUCCUGGCGUUCUGUCAGAGUUAUAGUCUAAUGCACAUUAGCAGGUAAAGACUAAAUAGUAGAAAACGCAUAAUAAGGACACAGCAAAAUGCUUUAGAUAGAAAUUAUAUUGAGGCUACACAGUGAACUUAAUGUACAGGGAAUAUGUCUCCAAAAGCUGUUUACGUUUGUGUGUGUAUGUUUGCAAGCAUAGGUAAAAGGCAUAGCCUAUUGAAAGAAACCAUCAUCAUGGUGCAAUAUCACGCUUCAUUUUAUGUUUUGAUAGUGUAUUUUGGUACUCUCCUAACCCUAAGAGAGUAAUGAUAAUUGUCAUUUACUCUAACUAGAGCCGUCAAGGGCAAACACUCGUCCCGGCCCCCCGUGAUGGGGGAAAUUUAGUGACGGCCCUGUUCUGAACUAAAAUGACUUCCACGGAACACAAAAGGUAAAUUAUUAAAUGAAAAAGCCGUGAUAUCAAUAAAUUGAAUGAGGAUUGGAGCUGUCCAGUGCAGAAAUGACAGGAAUGAUCAUUUCCCACAAAUGUUCUAUUGCUAUACCAUACGUGUAUGGAUUAUUCUCUGAAAUAAGAAUAUAACUCUCAUUUUCUAGCAGAAUGACGCAGACAGAAGUAUACUGCUCAUAAGACAUUAAAUGACAUGAAAUGUACAAUUGUGUUCCACAGCAAAGAUCAUUCAUGGGUCUAAAACAACAUGAGGGUGAGUAAACAACAGUUUUCAUCCGGGUGAACUAUUCAUGGCAAGAAGGAAAAGUUUUUUUUAAUCCUGCAUAUAUGUAACCACUGUAGCAUGCCACACUAUUGUCAAAGUUUUACAGUCACUGUAUUUAAGAACAUGUUUAAGACCAGAAGUGUGCUCGACUCAAGUGCAGAUUGUUGAGGGAUGUAUUAUCUAUUCUUAUGUAUGAUUAUAAUUUUAUGUUGAAUGGUCUGUGCGUUCAAAUUCUGUGUUUGCGGUGCAAUCUGUCAUAUUUCUUAAAUGUGAAAAUCACUGUGUAAGGGUGUAAAAAGAAAAUGAACAUAACCAUCGUCUUAUUUAAAAAAUAUCCUGACUCAUGUUUUU